GAAACGGGCAUGCGCAAUGCUUACAGACCGGGUAUCGUUAAGAUACGGGGAAAGCGACCUUGUUGUGUGUGUGUUUUUUGACGUUUGUACCGUCUUCUUUACCUACGGCUCUCUUUGGUGACGUAGGCGCGUAACCCCGCCCCGUCUCCAGGGGGACACUCCGCUGUGGGAGCGGCGAAGGCAGCUGCUUCUUGGUCUUUCUCCUUCCUUCUCCAAGAUGGCCGCGCUGGGUAUAAACAAGGUCGGGGCUAGUGCGGGGCUGGAUGCCGGGAGCAGGCAGAGCCGGAGUCCGGCCGGGCCUGUGGUGAAGGUUCUGGAAUGUGGAGUCUGUGAAGAUGUAUUUUCACUGCAAGGAGACAAAGUUCCCAGACUGCUUUUGUGUGGUCAUACAGUCUGCCAUGACUGUCUCACUCGACUUCCUCUCCAUGGCAGAGCAGUUCGGUGUCCUUUUGAUCGGCAGGUUACUGAGUUAGGAGAUUCUGGUGUCUGGGGUUUGAAAAAAAACUUUGCUUUGUUGGAACUCCUGGAACGACUUCAAAAUGGGCUUGGUGGUCAGUGUGGGACAACUGAAGAAGCCAUUGGCCUCUCUGGAGAGUGCAUUGUCCGGUGUGAUGAAGAUGAAACGCAUCUUGCUUCAGUAUACUGCACUGUUUGUGCCACUCACCUGUGUGCAGAGUGUUCCCAACUCACACAUUCCACGAAGACACUUGCAAAACACAGACGUGUGCCCCUUGCUGAUAAACCUCAUGAGAAGACCAUGUGCUCUCAGCACCAAGUGCAUGCUAUUGAAUUUGUGUGCCUGGAAGAAGGAUGUCAAGCCAGUCCUCUCAUGUGUUGUGUCUGCAAAGAAUAUGGAAAGCAUCAGGGUCAUAAACACAGUGUUUUGGAACCAGAAGCAAACCAGAUCCGUGCUUCCAUUUUAGACAUGGCUCACUGUAUAAGAACUUUCACAGAAGAAAUAUCAGAUUAUUCUCGGAAACUAGUUGGAAUAGUUCAGCAAAUAGAAGGAGGAGAACAGAUAAUUGAAGAUGGAAUUGGAAUGGCUCAUACAGAACAUGUUCCAGGUACUGCAGAGAAUGCUCGUUCAUGUGUACGAGCCUAUUUUUCUGAUCUUCAUGAAACCCUCUGCCGCCAAGAAGAAAUGGCACUUAGUGUGGUUGAUGCCCAUGUGCGGGAGAAAUUGAUCUGGCUUAGGCAACAGCAAGAAGAUAUGACUAUUCUGUUGUCCCAGGUUUCAACAGCUUGCCUUCACUGUGAAAAGACACUGCAGCAGGAUGACUGCAGAGUUGUCUUGGCCAAACAAGAAAUUACAAGGCUUCUAGAAACACUACAAAAACAACAACAACAGUUUACCGAGCUUGCAGACCAUAUACAACUUGAUGCUAGCAUUCCAGUUACUUUUACAAAGGACAACAGGGUACACAUUGGGCCAAAAAUGGAGAUUCGUGUUGUAACUCUGGGUUUAGAUGGAGCUGGCAAGACAACCAUUUUAUUUAAGCUGAAGCAGGAUGAAUUCAUGCAACCUAUUCCAACAAUAGGUUUUAAUGUUGAAACUGUAGAAUAUAAAAAUCUGAAGUUCACUAUUUGGGAUGUAGGAGGUAAACACAAGCUGAGGCCUUUGUGGAAACAUUAUUACCUCAAUACACAAGCGGUGGUGUUUGUUAUUGAUAGCAGCCACAGAGACAGGGUCAGCGAAGCACACAGUGAACUUGCCAAACUGUUAACAGAAAAAGAGUUGCGAGAUGCUUUGCUGCUCAUCUUUGCCAAUAAGCAGGAUGUGGCAGGGGCACUUUCCGUAGAAGAAGUCACAGAAUUGCUGAGCCUGCACAAACUCUGCUGUGGUCGGAGCUGGUUCAUUCAAGGGUGUGAUGCCCGAAGUGGCAUGGGACUGUAUGAAGGACUGGAUUGGCUCUCGAGACAUCUGGUAGCUGCAGGUGUACUCGAUGUCGCUUAAGAUCCUCUUGAGAAGCAUUAAGCUUGAAGAUCACUUAAUUUAUUUGUGUGACUUGAGAUGGUCAAACACGAACUUUUCAUCUAAGGCUAUGUAUUCUAAAGAAAAUAACUAACAUUUUUGCUGGAAUGCUUAUUGGAGUGUGGUACAGUGAGUGUGUAAUUCCUGUAAAUUAUGGUAAUUCAAUAGUGACGUGAUGGAUUUGCAAGAAAGGUGCCUUGGUGUUUUUUUUUUUAAGAAAUGAAAUUUGAAAGGUCUUACACUUCCCUAUUAAGCAACUAAUUUAUCUUUUCACAAGUACUUUAGGAACUUAGCAUUUAUAUGACCUUGCUCCUUUCAGAGCUGGCCUUGCUGCAUUCACUUUUCUCAGAUCUCACUUGGGCACAAAGGCAAACACAAACCUUGAUAGAAAAAAAAAAGAAGUAGACAUGGUGCCGGGAUGGGCAUAGAGCCUAUGUACGUGUAGAUGUGUGUGCAUUUCGUCUGGGUACCUUGUGUAGCUUGCAUAUGUGAGAGUGUGGAAUGGCCAUACCUACCAGUGGCAAGUGGUCCUUGGAGUUGGUGAAUGCUGCCAUCAGGCCAAAAGACCUUUGCCAUCCUUACUCUAUAGCUCCAAAUAUUUUUUCCCCCUCUCGGAAGCUACUGCAACCAAACUCCUUCAAAGUUUCAUUGCCGUUUUCCUCCUUCAUCUUCCAUUUUAGAGGAAAAAACACCACCUUGCGGAAGGAUUGGCAGUAAAAUGGAUGCUGGAGUUUCUCAUGCAGGGUGAAACUCUUGGGCCUGGGUUAAUGGCCGGUGAGGUCUCCAGCUAUCCAAGUGUAGACCUAAAUGUGCCCUGGUUAAAAUCUCCUCUCAGUUGUAUUUGUUUGUCUGAGGCUGCAAGUGGAAGUUGCCUAAAUAUACAGUUUUAAUGACUUUUUUGAGGAAAUUUUAUUUUAAUCAGCUUCUUAAAAUCCUCCUUUCCCUCCUUCAUCUGAAUUCCAUAUGUACAUUGUGCCAUGCAGGCAGCUUCUGAUCUGGUGGUACAUGAUUACAUACCCCUCUUUCCAUAAGUUCAGUAAUGGUUUAUUUUCAGUUCUUGAUGGGAAAUCAUGUACAGUUUUGGAAAGCUGAAGUACCUUUCUUGCAACUCCCUAUAUAAGAAACAUUGAAGCACAAUUACACUGUCACAGUGGCUGCACUUUUACUCAUAUCUGGGGUAAGCUUUGCCUUCAAAACUUCUUUUCGGCUACAAUUCUAUGGUGGAUAGGCUUGUAUAUAUAUUUUCUAAUGCCAGAGGAUCUGUGAAUGGGGAAGGCUCUGUAACAAGGAUCUGUAGCAGUUUAUCUCAUUAGCCUUAAUCAGUUCAUCACUUGGUUAGCUGCUUGAGCACAUUGUGUUUUGCAGGUCAGUGAAAUAUUUAACUCAAUUACAUGAAGACACCAGUUGUUAGCAUUUGGAUUCAUCCUUUUGGACAUUCAGUGCAUUGAGGAAAGAGGAUGUGCAUCUUUGACAGGACACUCAAGUUACAGGACCCAAGUUCUGUAACAUACAUCUGGAUAACCACCUGCAAAUAUACCAAUGGAGGAAUUGAGUGCAGCUGUGUGAGGACGUUCCCUGUAUCUUAUACCAUGUAUGUGCUUGAGUAAAAGUUCAGAGUUCAAAUGCCGAUUCCAUGCUGCUGUAGUCACUAGUCCCCAGGUUGCAGCAGGCAGGGCUGAGGCAGGCAAAUUUGACUACUGGUACUGGCCUAAACAAGAUAGUUCUGUUUUUUAAAUCCAAAUUCUCUCCCCAAGCAACAUAGGAAUUAAACAUCACACACUUCUAAUUGUGCUCUCAGCACGAGAAUUUCUGCUUGCCAGACAAAAUUAUCCUCCCUCUCCUUCCUAUGGACUGUUCCAGGGAUUUACCAACCCUCCAGAGCAGAUUUGGGAAAGGAGGGGGAGAGCUGCAUUGCAUUAGCAGGAGUCCUAGUGCUGGCUUCCAUUGACAAGUUGGGUUAGUUGAAUCUGGCCUGUAAUGUUCCUUUCAGAAACUCUUUGAGUAGACUGUUUUCCCUAUGUUGGUUUUAGAUAAGACAACUAAUAUUAGAUAAUUAUAACUACUAAUUAGAUAAUCCUUUGGGGUAGCAGUAUAUCAGCUUACCCAGAGCAGCACCUCAUGGUUCCACGUGCAACAUGUGUUUACUUCAAAUAGAGAUCUGUUCAAAACGUUAAUGCUGAAAUGGUUGAACAUGUUGCUUUUUGUAAGCAGUCGUACACAUUGAGGGAUGCAGCGCAAGACCAUACAUAAGUUUUUUUUGGGGGGGGGUGGAAGAUUUAAGUUACACUGUGUCCAUUGAGGCUUUUUCUGUGUAACUGAGCGUAGGACUGCAGUAUUAACUACCUUUCCAACCUUUCUGAUGAAAUGUUCCUGGUAAGCUGAUCUAGAAAAAUGUUACUAAGGGGUCUCAAAUUCUUUACAAAUAUAAGUCUCCAAAGUGUCUGAAUACCUUGAAAGCUUCAUGCAGUGUUCAGUUAGGAAGGAAUAUUGCAUAGAGUAGGCUGCCACAAAUUCUACGUCUGAUUUUAAGCAUGAGAAUUCUGCUACUUAGCUGAGAUACAGUUCUUGUCAUGAUGCAGUUCCUUUCUUUUCUGGCUCUUCUAGAUGAAGCAGAUACUCACAACCACUCUCACUUUAACUAAAAUCCUGUUUGCUGAAUCCUGCUUAGUUACAGCAAGUGGCUAUCACUGCCCAUACAAGAGACCUUUACCCUCAAGGAACUUUCCUCUGCCUCAAUGAAUAACCUCUUCACAGCAUACCACAAAGCUAGACUUGACGCUUUUAUGUGCAAGGCCUAGCUGUGUGUGUUUGAAAUAAUUUGGAGACUUUUGACUGCAUUUCAGUGAGGCCAGGCUUUCACUUAUUUAUACCCUCUUUUAUUCUUCAACACUAUUCAAAUGCAUGACAACACGUGAUAAUGCAGCGGUUGGGAAGGGUAAAUGUGAAUUGUUCUUCUGUGGCUUUAAUAGCUGUAACGUUAUUGUUCUGGGCUCUCCUUGUAAAACACUCGAGAUGUUUUAGGACAUUGGAUAAAUACUUGUUUUUCAAAAACCUGUUUGUUCCUGUCAAGCUCUACUAUAAAUUUAGUGGGCUUGCAUUAAAAGUAUUGAAAUCCACUUAAGUGACUGUGAAAAUAAGUGUUGCAUUUGUUUGAAUUCAAACAAUUACCAGAUAAAAUUUUAGCAGCUUGUUUGUACUGUAUAUAACAAUUUCAGCUAUAAACUUAAGCUUGUUUCAUAUGAUGUUGAGCUUCAACACAGUUUAGUAUACUGAUAUGUGCUUGUUUUUAAGAAGUGUUUCAACUCCAAGGAGAUUUUUAAAGGUUAGCAUAAAAGCUGUAUUAAGAACAGGCACUGUUUGUAAAACAAUUGGGUCAUAGUCUAGUUUUAACUGUGAAACUAAAAUGCAACAUUCAGUGACAAUAAAGAGGUGUAUAUUAACGUAUUGCUUUAAAAAAUAACGUAUUAACGUAUAGAGCUUCAUUCCUUGACAUACUCUAGCUUUUAACUGUAUGUAAUGAAUUCUUUUCUAAUUGUGGAUUGGGAGUGAAUGGAAAUAUUGAGACGGGUUAUAGCACCAAGAAUUCCAUGUUCUGGGGCUACAUGAGGUAUAAAAUAGCUCAUGAAACAAUGUUGGAUUAAAAAAAAUUGAUGGUGUGAUUUCAAAAUGGCCCUGGACUCCUAACAAUAAAAAUUCUCUAACCAGCUGGUGGAAUGUGUCGUCUUUCUGAGGUAGAUUUUUGCUGCUUAAUUUCUCCCCCCCCCCCCCAAUUCAAUUUUUUUUUAAUGGUCAACCAACAAAGUGAAUAAUGAGUGAAUGUGUCUGGAUGUUGGAUGGUUUAUAUUUUUAAGUGGGAAUGGGAGGUUUCAAAUGAAUGCUAAUUGUCUCCUGCCAUUCUUUAUAGAUGUCAGCUCGCAUAAGAAUGUGGUCAAAACAAAUGGCACAUGUGUGCAUGUUUAGAGGUUGACCUCACUUAGUCUUGGGGCACAAAAUGAAGGUGAUGAGUGAAGGGAAACUGGCUGAUAUGCAUGGAUAGCCUGCAGUCUGAAGCUAGCAGAUAAAAUUGAAACCAGGAGCCAGUGGAGGUGCCUAGGUAAUGCUGGCAAAUGACAGCCACCCCACUCACUGUUCUCAUAUGUCUUCCUUCCAGGGAUUACUGAAGCAAGGUUUUCUUGAGACAACCCCUGAAAGCAAUGAAGAAGAGUACAGGGCUUAAGUAAAGUGGGAUGGUUCUCAUCCUCCCUCCCCUCUCUGGGUUUCUCUUCUGCUCUUCCUCAACGCAGCUAAGAUAUUUAGCAUCACUUGCUCUUCUUCCAAGCCAAGCACUUCUAAGAAACUGCAAGUUGCGGGAACCACUUCCUCAUUAGUGCCAUCUAGUGCCGAGAGAGAAAUUGUUCCUCCUGCCCCGUGCCAUCCCCCAAGUUCUUUAAUGAACCCACCCUGAGCCGCACUGAAGCAACAGUUUUGCUUUUCUCCUGCAGACAGACUGCAGGGAUUCCACCCCAUGAAGGAGGGAAACGGAUGGAUGGAAGUAGGCAAUUAUCUGGCAGUGGUAUGCCAAAAAGUGUUGCAAGGUUAUGCACCUUUGCUGCCUCCCAAAUAGGAACGUACACACCCUGCAACCAUCUGCCAGGGGGAAAAGGUGAACUUUUCCCAAUCUUGCUCAAAUUUCAAGAACAAUGGAUUAAGAAAGGGACAAAUCACUAUAAUCCUUUUAUAACAAAUUCCACUCAAAACCUAAAGAAUACCUAUUUAGUAUUAGCAAUUAUUAGCGGAUCAAAUUAUCACUUGUGUGCUAUUUAGUGUAAAGAGAUUUUUAUUGUCAAGAAUGCACAGUAAUAUGAUUAUGGUUACAUGUUGUAUUUGCAAUUAAAUAUAUUUAAAACCCUAAAAAACCUUUUUUCCCCAUUCUAUUUUGUGGGUAAUGAGUUGGAAGACACAAAUAUAUUUCAGUGCUGGAAUAGAGCUGCUUGCA